AUCUGCAUAUAAUUCCUUCAGUACUGUGUAUAUUCGCGUUGCAAGAGGGUCCAACAGGUUGAAAGUUAAUUGUGUAGUUCGUGAAUUUGACAGAGUUAUAAGAAUUUUACAAAAUGAAUGAGGCAUCAGUAAGCCAGGAAGCGACAACCUCUGGAUGGGUGACGGGAUCUCCAGAUUAUGCUUGUAAUUGUCUAAAUGAACGAAAAGAACUGAUUACCGAGGAAAUCAUUCCUGCUAUGGAUUACACUCUGAAGCAUCCUCUCCAAAAUGCAUGGACUCUUUGGUAUUUCGACAGUGAUCGUAGCCAAAGUUGGGUAGAUAACAUGAAAGAAAUUGCUUCUUUUCAAACUGUUGAAGACUUUUGGAGUUUGUACAAUCACAUAAAACCAGCUAGUGAUAUUAGGCAAGGCAACGAUUACUCCUUGUUUAAGAAGGGUGUAAAACCUAUGUGGGAGGACCCAGCAAACAAAAAAGGUGGCCGUUGGCUAAUGAACUUGGACAGAAAACAACGAUCAGCAGAGUUAGAUAGAUAUUGGCUAGAUAUUCUCUUAUGUCUGAUAGGAGAAGCCUUUGAAAACUCUGAUGAAAUUUGUGGUGCAACGGUCAAUAUCAGAGGAAAAGGGGAUAAAAUAGGUAUCUGGACAUCUGAUGCCAGUAAUACCCAAGCUGUCUUAGAAAUAGGAAGAAAAAUAAAGGAAAGGUUACGCAUACCCAAUAACACAAAAUUGGUGUAUCAACUUCACGACGAUCAAAUGGCUAAAAAUAGCUCGGUCACCAAGAAUGCCUAUACUCUUUGAAAUGUUUUGUAAUGACAUUUGUCCAGUUGGUUCUUGUCCUAAUCACGACAUUUUCUUGAAACUUUCAUAAUAACUCUUGGUUGCCAAUUAUUAUUAUAGUUUUGGAAAUUA